AGAACUUCUCCCGUCGAGGGGCAACCACCCUGCACGGAGGCAGAAGACCAGCCGGCUUCCACCCGGUCCUCCAAGAGGCAGGGCGGCAGAGGCGAGCCAAAGCGCAGCCAAGCUGCAAAAGGUGGAUUAACUCAAGAGCACCACCAGCGAGAGGGCUGGCUGCUUGCGACUUAGCUUGGCAGCUGCUUCCUGAUUCCGGUUUGCAGCAGCAGCAGCAGCAACAAACAGCCGUUGCUGCAGGAAUUGGAAAACGGAGAGUCCAGGGAGACGGGAGGCGAAAGCAAGCAUCGCCUCUGCGCGCAGCUGCCCUUCUGAAUGUGAUGCUCAGGAAAGGAGGGCAAGGUUCUGACCGAGAGCGGCAUCUCUGACCCUUCCUUGCCAUCCAGAGAGGGCAUUGGCCAAAGAGACGGACUGCACAGGAAUGGGUAGCCAUGAGAAGGACCCAUCUUCUCCCAAGAGGGCUCCGCCCCCCUCUCGCUCCAACAGCACUGUGUCUUCCAAGCACAGCAUUGCUCGGCAGGGUUCCGAAAGCUGGGAGGUGGUGGAUGAGCUGCGGAUCCAGAGCGGGGUCAUUCAGGAGCCAGAGAGGCAGGAAGGCUACCUGUUGAAGAAGCGGAAAUGGCCCCUGAAGGGCUGGCACAAGCGCUAUUUUGUUUUGGAAGAUGGGAUUUUGAAAUAUGCCACCACACGCCAAGAUGUCUUGAAGGGGAAGCUUCACGGCUCUGUUGACGUCCGCCUGUCUGUCAUGUCGGUCAACAAGAAGGCGCAGCGCGUAGAUCUGGACACAGAAGAGAACAUAUAUCAUCUCAAGAUUAAAUCCCAGGAACUCUUCAAUAACUGGGUGGCCAAGCUCUGCUCACACCGCCAAGUGCAGAAGUUGGAUGCCUCCCAAAGGCAGUACCUGACAAGUAGCCAUGGUGGAAGAGCCUCGCAUCCUACACAGGCCUGCAGCUCACGGCACCGCAUUCUGAUGUCCGAGAGUGCCCCUGCCUUGUCUUCCCUGGCCGGCCCCCGAGACAAGGUGAAUUCUUGGCUGAGCGACAGCAAAGGCCUGGACAGGUGCUCAGCAGAACUCUCUGAAUGUCAGGGGAAACUUCAAGAGCUCAACCGGAUGCUGCAGAGUUUGGAGACCCUGCACCGCAUUCCAUCUGCUCCCCUCAUCUCCAAUAGUCAGACCUCAGCGGGCACGGAGAGACCCAGGAAAGGGAAAAGAUCCACUCGCAUCUGGUGCACUCAGAGUUUUGCAAAAGAUGACACGAUAGGCAGGGUGGGGCGCCUGCAUGGCUCUGUACCCAACCUUUCAAGAUAUUUGGAAUCCUGUCAGAACCAAGCCAUCUUUAGCGUCCCUCCGGAAUACAGCCAGCUGCAGAGAAGUUUCUGGAUUUUAGCUCAGAAAGUUCAUGGCUCCCUCAGCAGCGUGCUGGCCGUGCUGACGGCGGAGCGAGACCGUCUCCAAGAACUGCAGCGGACGCUCGAUCUGCAACGCUCCACUAUGUAUUCCGCACAAGGUGGUCGUGGGGGUGGCAUCGGCAUGGCAGCAGCCGGGACACUGGACAAUAUGGAUUGUAUACGCCGUUUCCAUUCUCUCUCCAUCUCCUCGGACACAACCCUGGACUCCUUUGCCUCAUUUAACCCUGAUGAGCCGGAUGCCCUGUUGGUUAAAGGUCAGGAGCAGCAACUCUCCAAUCGCAGCAUCGUGUCUCUCUCCGACUCGCACACGGAGUUCUUCGAUGCCUGCGAGGUUUUCCUGUCGGCCAGCUCAUCUGAGAACGAGGCCACAGACGACGAGUCCUGCAUCAGCGAGGUGACUAACAGCAUCUUGGAGGAAGCCACAGACAUGGCGGGAGGACCAGGGCGUUGUCUCAAAGGCCCAGGCGCCAUGCCCUGUGUUGGGGACACCUCUGAUUUGAGCCUCAGCCUGCCAGUGCCUCUCCCUUUGUACCUCCCCGGGCCGGGUCCUGGGAUCAUCCGACGGAACUGCCUCCCGGCCUCCCAUGUCCACGCCAGCGACGUCAGCGUCUGGAACAUCCUCCGCAACAACAUCGGCAAGGAUCUCUCCAAGGUCUCCAUGCCGGUUCAGCUGAACGAGCCCCUCAACACGCUGCAGCGCCUCUGUGAAGAACUUGAGUACAGUGCCCUGCUGGAUGCGGCCAGCCGCAACCUGGACCCCUGUGAAAGACUGAUCUGCAUGGCUGCCUUCGCUGUAUCGGCUUAUGCCUCAACGUACUACCGUGCCGGCAGCAAACCGUUCAACCCUGUGCUUGGAGAAACGUACGAGUGCAUCCGGCCAGACAAGGGCUUUCGUUUCAUAAGUGAACAGGUCUGCCACCAUCCUCCUGUUUCGGCUUGCCACGCAGAGUCUGACAACUUCGUAUUCUGGCAAGACAUGAAGUGGAAAAAUAAAUUCUGGGGCAAAUCCUUGGAGAUAAUCCCUGUGGGUACAGUGAACGUCCAGCUUCCCAGGUUUGGGGAUCACUAUGAAUGGAACAAGGUGACUUCCUGCAUCCACAAUAUCUUGAGUGGGCAGCGAUGGAUCGAGCACUACGGCGAGGUGCUGAUCCGGAACACGAGAGACAGCACCUACCACUGCAAGAUCACCUUCUGCAAGGCGCGGUACUGGGGUUCCGGGGUCAACGAGGUGCAGGGCGCCAUUUUCAGCCAUAGCGGCAAGGUUAUCCACCGGCUCUUCGGGAAGUGGCACGACGGGUUGUAUCGCGGUGUGGCCCCUGUCGGCAAGUGCAUCUGGAGGCCCAACCCCAUGCCUCGAGACUUCGAGAAGAACUAUGGUUUCACUCAGUUUGCCUUGGAGCUCAACGAGUUAACGCCGGAGCUCAAGCGUCUCCUUCCCUCCACAGAUACGCGCCUGAGACCUGACCAAAGGUACCUAGAAGAGGGAAAUGUGCAGGCUGCAGAGUCGCAGAAGCGGCGAAUCGAGCAGUUGCAGCGAGACCGGCGUCGGGUGAUGGAGGAUAACAACAUUCUUCAUCAGGCACGCUUCUUCAGGCGACAAGUGGAUGCAAAUGGCAAAGAAUCCUGGUUAACCAACAGCAGCUACUGGAAGCUGAGGGCGGAGCCUGGCUUCAGCAAUAUGGACAGUGCUGUCUUGUGGUAGCGGUUAGCAACUACGGGAGCGGCUGUGUCUGCCCGCCAUCUCCCAAAGCAGGGGGGUUGGGCGGGGGGUAGGAGACCAGACAGCAAGGACCCCCUGCUAGAUAAGCACAAAGGUGAUCAAGGCAUGCAAUCCUGGGAUUACCAGCACCUCGUGAAGCGGAGGGACGCCUUUCGGUGUUGCGCCAUGCACUUCCAAAGCAGCCCUACCCCCCUUGCACACCUGAGGAAGGCGACUGUGGUCCAUCUCGCCUCCUCAAAACUGAUGCCUGCUGGCUAGGCAGACCUUGGUGUGGAGCCUUGGGUUGCCGCGGAUGCCGACAGGAAGCACUUUAACACCCGCCGAGUCGCAAACCGGCUCCGGGGCAGGAGCAGCGAGACUGGACGCCCCCCUAAGCAACUUGAAAAUGGGAAAGCGCUCUUUAAAUUUUUGAAGCCUGCCUUUUGCUCAGAGAACAGUGGCAAAUGUGUGCUCCAGUGUGGAGUGGUUGUUUGCACAGCGAAGCCUGGAUACCGGAUGUUUUGGGUCCUUCCGACUACCUAGUAGUUUCCUUCUGGGGGGUGGCUGGUCGCGCCCUCCCUCCCCUCCUGUUUUUUUGGUUGUUUUCAAGUCGCUCCUGGUGGUGGUUUUGAGGUAAAGCCUGGCCUAAGUUAGGAAUUCCUGCUCCAGGAGCAGAUUAUAAUAUGUGAAGCUGUGGUAGCCCUCUGAGGCAACUCUCUUUCUCCCCGCAAGGCGGAUGUAGGACGGGAUUUGGGUUAAUGUCGCUCUUAGCCAGAGAUGCCUGGUAUGGUGGAGACUCCAGGACUUUUCCCCACGCCUUAAGGAAGUCCUCUGAGUUCUGGGCCACUGUUGGGGCUUAUAGCAUUGAAUCAGGACAUUGUGUGUAUGUGUGUUUUGUUUCCCUUCAUCACCCCAUCUCUGGUAUCUCCUUCCCUCCCUGUUUGCUAGGAUUUUAAGCCGUUCUCCUCCUCCCCACUGCCCUUCAGCAUUUGAAGCAAUAAUUUUAAAAAGUGGGGAAACAACGACACUCCCACAAUCCUUUGCAGAAAUUUGUACCUCAGCAUCAGGUCAGGGUCUAUCAGAACUUGUGAUAUGCAAAGCUGCCUCGAUUAUGAUUGAAUGUAGAGGUGUGUGUGUAUCAUGGGAGCAAAACACAUAUUCCGAUCUCUUUCUCAGCUGUGGCAAGAGGAAUAUGGACUAUCCUGAGGCUCGGGUCCUGUUUUGAAGGGAGGGAAGAAAGGAGGAAGUUCUGGCUGAGUCUAGAGCAGGCCCACACGAGUUGUGGCCCACCAAGCCAAUGAAGACCAGCGAGUGCUUGACAGUCCCUGCUAUUGUUGCAUUUCCAGGUUUAUUGAACCCCAGAGGGGUUGCAGUACACAUGGUUAAUUUGGCUUGGUGGGUUACAAGGUGUUGCAAGCUCAGUCCAAUGGCUCUGUUCACACCUAGCUUUCCAAUUUUAUGGUUUUUGUUCCUGGUUUCAUCCCCCCACCCAGUUUUCAAACUCUGUUUCGGGAAGUACUGUAACUGGAAAAUGCUGCAUGUCUUUAUGAAGUUACAAAGUUCAGGCACAAGUGUGAGACCAUCAUGCAGAACUCCUAGGUCCAUCUUCCAUGCUCCUAUAUCCUGCAAACCUGUCUGAGCUCUCCCAGCGUUACGAAAAUGAACAUCUACUGCCGAAGUGGAGAAAUGCAACCUGUGAAGCAGCCCUCAGUUCUCUGAAUUCCCAAUCUGGAUGCAGGGCAGCCUAGGGACAUCACAGCUUUAUAUAUUUUUAGCGUCCAGACUAUGUUCUUUUACUGCAGUUCACCACUGUGCUGCCCAACUCACCCCGAGGUGGUCAUAACCUUUUCCUGCUUUUUUCUUGUUUACUGGCCCAGCCUCACCAUUUACGUGGGUCUGAAGUGGGCGACAUCAUUAACUGAAUGUCUACAAAGCACUUUGGUUCCCUUCCUUGCUGGGGGAGGGUGGGGUUUGCACACUGUUGGAAACUGAGCCUCACUUUUCAGCUUUGAUCUAUUUUAUUUUAAGAGAUACUUCCUGAAAGGGUUUUGAUAAUCGCUGCAUAGGAGGAGGAGCUUUAAUUUAUUCCCUGUUAUUCGCUCCUCCCUCUCUGCCCCUUCCUGAAGAUUUCUUGUCCAACAGAUCCAGACUGGUGUCUUGUCUUGUUGUCUGCCCCUCCUUUCUGUGUGCUGGUUGUCUUUAAUGUCUCGUCUGGCCCACAAAGCAGGUCGGCCUGCUCUUCGUUCACCUCACCUGGCUGGUCCAGUGAUGAGCCGCCGUUCCGUCUUCUGCGUCCAUGUUGACUGGCCUCUGUUCUGUCUUUGUGUUGUGGCUUGAACACUCCACGGCGUGUCCAAUAAUAAAAAACAAAGAUUUCAGAAAA